ACAGUUUCAGUAGACUUCAUGGUAGCAGAUGAGGACAUCAUCGUUGGUGACAAGACGACAGAUGUGCAGAAACCACACAAGGUCUCCUCCAUGACCAGUCAGCCUGUAGGACCACUCUUUGUGGAAACCAAAAGUGGUUUCCGGGUGGAGCAGCGGCGCCGGUUGUCACGGUUACAGGAGACAGACGAGGAAUAUGCUGAACAGAACAAGGCUGACAGGACUACAGGGGAACUGGCACUGUCGACUCAUCGAGGGUUCAAGAAGUUUGCGCUGUUCUGCCACGGGAUCCUGGCCGGGUACUCGCUGUGGCACUGCAUCGUGGUCUUCCUGCUGACGGAGAAGGGAGACCUGAACUUCCUCCAGCAGUACAGUCGGCUGGCACAACCUGCACAGUCACUGUUCUACCUGCUGCUGGCCAUCUGUACAGUCUCUGUGUUUGACAGUUACGACGUGGCCCGUCCCAACCGCAGGUUCUUCCGAAGCCUUCUCACACCUCAGUCUGGUGCUAUCUCUAUUCUAGUGUACCUGAUUUCCAUCAUCUUCAGUGUGAGUAUAGCCAGUAUAGAUGACAGAAUAGGGCUUUUUGUGGACGCAGCUCCCACCAUCAUGCCGUCAGACGUCAGUACAGCUACCGUGGCAACCACCAAUCAGAACCUCUGUACAAGAAUGGAGUCAAUGGACUCUUACAUCUGGUGUGCAUAUACCUGA